CCCCCGCCAAUACGGUGAUUUGGAUGUAUAGACAAUUCGUGUAGAGUACGUCGGAUGAAAUUGACCACUUGCUAACAAGUCAACGCAAGACUCUACAGCGAGUAUGUCCACACCGUGUCAGUCUCGGAAUUCCAUCGAGGAUAUCUACGGCCCAAGAACACCGUACAAGCAGGAGUGGCCGAGUCGCGUCGAUGAAAGCUGCAUCGAGGAACCCGACACAUGGGUGCAGAGUGCGUGUGUGCUCUGCAGCAAUGGAUGUGGCAUGGACAUUGGAGUGAAGCAAGGCAAAGUCGUGGGGGUGAGGGGACGAGUUACGGACCGGGUCAACAAGGGUCGACUGGGCCCCAAGGGCAUGCAUGGAUCCCUCACCAUCCAUCAUAAAGACCGGCUUACACACCCCUUGAUCCGGAGGAACGGGAAGCUGGAACGCGCCAGUUGGGAGGAAGCUAUGAGCCUCAUCGUACAGAAGACCAAGGAAACCAUCGACCGCCUGACGGCGCACGGCAUUGCCUUUUACACUUCGGGCCAACUUUUCCUCGAGGAGUAUUAUGCUCUCGCCAUGGUCGGCAAAGCUGGCCUGAGCACUCUGCACAUGGAUGGCAAUACCAGACUAUGCACGGCGACCGCAGCAGCGGCAAUGCGUGAAUCAUGGGGCUCCGACGGCCAGGCUGGCUCGUACACUGACAUCGACUAUACUCACUGUAUCUUCAUGGUGGGCCACAAUAUGGCCAGCACUCAGACUGUGCUUUGGUCUCGUGUUCUUGAUCGCCUUCAUGGACCCGACCCUCCUAAGCUGAUCGUCGUGGACCCUCGCGUGUCAGCUUCCGCGAAGGAGGCCACCAUCCACCUCGCUCCGAAAAUUGGGACCAAUCUUGCGCUGUUGAACGGAAUACAGCAUCUCCUAUUCAAGAAUGAAUGGAUUGACCAGGAUUUCGUAACGCAACAUUGUGUCGGACUCGAACAACUGCGAGAGAAGGUCCAAAGCUACACUCCGGCACUGGUAGAAGAAAUCACUGGCGUCCCUGCCGCGGACUUGCAACGUGCGGCCGAGACAAUCGGUACAUCGGAGUCGUUGCUGUCGACCUGUCUCCAGGGGGUAUAUCAAUCCAAUCAGGCCACCGCGAGUGCAUGUCAAAUCAACAACAUCAAUUUGUUGACUGGGUGCAUUGGAAAGCCGGGAUCAGGAGUCUUGCAGAUGAAUGGCCAGCCGACCGCGCAGAACAACCGCGAAGCUGGCUGUGAUGGAGAGUUCCCCGGGUUCCGUAACAACUUGAAUCCGGAUCAUAUGCAUGAGCUGGCGGACAUCUGGAAUAUCGACUACAACAAACUGCCUCACUGGGGAUUGCCGACCCAUGUCCAGGACAUACUAAGUUAUAUCGAGGCCGGGACGAUACAGAUGCUGUGGGUGUCUGGAACGAAUCCACUGGUAAGCUUGCCCAACUUACACCGCAUCCGAGAGAUCUUUUCGAAGCAAGACCUCUUUCUGGUGGUACAAGACAUCUUUCCCACAGAGACCACCGAAAUGGCGGACGUCGUCCUUCCCGCCGCCCAAUGGGGCGAGAAGAAAGGCUGCUUUACGAACGUGGACCGCACGGUGCAUCUCUCGUACAAAGCAGUGGAGCCUCCGGGCGAAGCCAAGUCCGAUUUUGACAUCUUCGUCGACUUUGCGCGGCGCAUGGAUUUUCGUGACAAGGAAGGGAAGCCGUUGAUGCCGUGGAACGACCCACAAGACGCCUUUGAAGCGUGGAAACGGGUAUCAAAAGGUCGCCCAUGCGACUACAGCGGGAUGACCUACGAGAAACUGACGGGCGGAAGCGGCAUCCAGUGGCCUUGCAACGAAAAGUACCCUCAUGGCAAGGAGCGGCUGUACGAGGACGGAGUCUUCUUUACGGACAUCGAUUACUGCGAGAGUUUCGGCCACGAUCUCGAGACCGGGACACCUCUCAAUCGGGUCGAGUAUCAAGCAUUGGAUCCUGCCGGAAGGGCAGUUUUGAAGGCGUGCCAUUACAUCCCGGCACCGGAACAGACAAGCAAGGAGUAUCCGCUUCAACUCAGCACCGGUCGCAACGUCUAUCAGUUUCAUACCCGAACCAAGACAGGGCGCUCGAAGCCACUGCAGGAUGCCUUCUCCGAGCCCAUCGUCCACCUGAACGCGGAAGAUGCUGCGGCAGCUGGUGUUUGCCACAACGAUCAAGUCAUUGUGAGUUCCUGUAGAGGAAAGGUGCAGAUGAAGGCUUCGGUUGGCGAUAUUGCGCGCUCCCAGUGCUUCAUUCCCUUCCAUUUUGGAUACUGGGAUGCAACAGACAGCAGAGCUCGAGCUGCGAACGAGCUCACAAUGGAGCAGUGGGAUGCGGUAUCCAAGCAGCCGCGGUUCAAAGCCGGCGCCGUGCGUGUUGAAAAGACACUCAACGCUGCGGUUGAAGUUCAGCAAGAGCAAAGCGCUUUCGCCGAGAAAGCAUCCGUCCAAAAGCCAGAUGCACGGGCUACAACUGUCGAAGAGGGACCUCGACAACGGCACCUUGAACUGUGGUUAGGCGUGGUAUAUGAGUCCAUCAGGUCGCUCGCAGACUUUUACCCAUCCAUGACACGAUACAUGGGAUACGACAAGGAGGUACAGUUCGGGUUGGGGUUGAUGCAACGCAUUACUCGGGCUGCCGGCGAUGCCCUCGAGCCCAUGGUGCAAAAGUACGGCACUGACCUGAAAUAUGGCCGGGAAACAUCGGAGGCUCUCCGGCAAGCCCUGUUUCCUGGAGCAGACACAGCGUCGACGCCGUACGGCGUGAUACUGACGCUCACAGGGUUUGUGACCUAUACAUCCCACAUCGAGGCGCAACUGAGCGCCCUGGUGCCCGUCAGUCAGGCGCUUUGGGAUGGAGCGUUCCUCACCGCCGUGAAUGAUGCAAAGUCGCGCAUUGAGCGGGUGCAGAAAUGGGCAAAGCACCAGCUUGCGGUUCGAAGUGCUCAGACGCUCAUUGUACCUAGUAGCGACGUCAUCAGGUCCGACAUGCAGUGGCCCGGCUGAACGCUGCAUCCGCCCGCUGACGAACUAUGACGAGGGUUUUCGUAAACCAAUGGAGAUUGAUGGACAGUUUUAAUAUGCUUGCAUGACAGUAGCGGUAGGCGGUGGAUGAUACAAAUUCAUACUCAUUC